CUGGCUUUUUGUCCUCCCCUCUUCGUUGUCUGGGGCAUUGCUUGUUACUACUAUUGUUGCUGUCGGUUAGCAGAAUGAACAGACUUUGCUAUCGAGGCUUUUGUGCGACAAUACUUAUCUUCUGAUCUUCUACUCAGUACGGAGUACAGCGGUAUCUUGUUUGACCGCUUCUCGCAUCAUGGCGCGUGUGCCCGUGAUUGGCAGGCUGUUUUGGUUUGAAUACCUUGCCCUUCUUGCUUCGUUCGUCCUGGUACUGCUGGAAUGGGUGAUCCAUAUCAUUACAUUUUGUCUACCGGACCCCGUUAUCAACUUCUGCUAUGACCGGUCCAAGACCAUCUUUAACAUUUUCGCCUCCUCCCCCGAUGACCCGGGCCAGCGCAGCCGGGAAGAGCGGACAGCGGCGUCGGUGGCACAGGCCUCUGAUUUCGCGGAUAUCUGCGCCCUUUUCGGCUACGAAGCCGAGGAACACAUCGUCCAGACCCGCGAUGGCUACCUGCUGGGUCUGCACCGCCUGCCCUACCGCAAAGGGGAGGAAAAGCAGGGCUUGCGCGUCAACCAGGGGAAGGACAGCGUGCGCAAGAAGGCCGUCUACCUCCACCACGGACUGCUGAUGUGCAGCGAAGUGUGGGUGUGUUUGUCGGAGGAGGAGCGAUGCCUCCCGUUCCAAUUGGUGGAGCAGGGCUACGACGUGUGGCUGGGCAACAACCGCGGCAACAAGUACUCGAAAAAAUCCGUCAAGUAUUCCCCGCUGUCGACCGAGUUCUGGGACUUCUCCAUCGACAACUUCGCCUUCCACGACAUCCCGGACAGCAUCCAGUACAUCCUGGACGUGACGGCGCAGCCGUCCCUGUCGUAUAUUGGGUUCUCGCAGGGCACGGCGCAGGCGUUCGCGACCUUCUCCAUCCACCCGCUGCUGAACGAGAAGAUCGACGUCUUUGUGGCGCUGGCGCCGGCAAUGGCGCCGACAGGUCUGCCGAACCGCAUCGUCGACUCGCUCAUGAAAGCGUCGCCCAACUUCCUGUUUCUGCUCUUCGGACGGCGGAGCAUCCUCAGCUCAACGACAAUGUGGCAGAGCGUCGUGUACCCGCCCAUCUUCGUGCGCGUCAUCGACAGCGCGCUGUCAAUCCUCUUCAACUGGAAGUGCCGCAACAUCAGCCGGUGGCAGAAGAUGGCGGCCUACAUGCACCUGUUCUCGUUCACGAGCACCAAGUCCGUCGUGCACUGGUUCCAGAUCAUCCGGCACCAGAACUUCCAGUUCUACGACGACGAGAUCCACGCGCCGUUCAGCGUCGCUGUCAGCGAGCGCUUCUACAAGCCGGUCAAGUACCCGACCAAGAACAUCAAGACGCCUAUCGUGCUGCUGUACGGCGGCGAGGACAGCCUCGUGGACAUCAAUGUCAUGCUGAAGGAGCUUCCGCGCACGACGGUGACUACCAAGAUCGCCAACUACGAGCACCUCGAUUUCCUCUGGGCUCACGACGUGGAUCGACAGGUGUUUGGCCAUGUGUUCGAGGCGCUUGAGCGGUAUGGCGGUGAAAGCCAGCCACUGUCGGAGAAGAAGGUGGAUCAGGUGAACGGCACGGCGGACCAUUAACAGCUGGCUCUCCCGCGGUUCCUUUUCCGAGUCGUGCAGUUAUUUCAUAUUUAUUCACUUCUUUGCUAUUUUCUUUCCUUCACCUUUUUAUAUAUUGUAUCCUUUCCCCACCAUGAUGGCCGUGGCCCUGAUUGAUUCGGGCUUGCGGACCUCAUGUAUAUAUCCCACCAUGUAUAGACCUUAGUUAUGCUUUGCUGUGCCCUCCCAUAUUUGUUACAAUAGACCAACCAAUCCAUUUC